AUGCAAGGGCCGGACCUCAACAACAAGCUGACGGGCGUCCUUCUUAGGCUUCGGCAUCAUAAGAUAGCUCUCAUGGCUGACAUUGAAUCUAUGUUUCAUCAAGUGAAGGUGGUGCCGGAAGAUCGUGAUGUCCUCCGGUUCCUUUGGUGGAUGGAUGGUGACUGUACACGAGAACCCGCCACCUACCGGAUGACAGUACAUCUCUUUGGCGGAGUUUGGAGUCCGUCUUGUGCUGGAUAUGCACUCCAGAAGACGUUCAAGCAUUAUGAGCAAGAGGUCACCGAAGACGUUGAACGUGCCAGACACAGCUUUUAUGUCGACGAUCUCCUAAUUUCGGUACCCUCUCUGGACAAAGCCAUAAAGGUGACACAUCAACCGCGACGAGUCUUGAGUAAAGGAGGUUUCAGGCUGACAAAAUGGAUCUGCAAUGAUAAUUCAGUACUCAACACCAUACCUCAAACAGAGAGGGCUGCAGGAGUGAGAGGGAUCACCCUCAAGGACGGCCGACUACCCUCUAAGAGGGCGCUGGGAAUCCUUGGGACCUAG